GAGGAGGAUGAGAACAUGGGCAGGUUAUUGAAAAUCAUACCCAAUAUUGGGCCUUAUCUGACAAAAGCAACUAUAACUCACAGGCAACAAAAUGGACAAAGACAAGAACAGCUGCAGCAGGCAGAACUCACCUUCAGACACCAGAUCGCAGGUCAUGAGAAGAAUGCUCAGGACAACUGGAUCAAGCCUCAGAUCUGGGAGAGGGAAACGGCAGAGCAGAGCCAGGAGGUCGCCCGCUUGAAACACAGACUGGAUGGGAUGGAAGGAAAGAGGCUGUUUGAGGGAUACAGGAGGCGGAGACCAAUGCCUGGAAGUCCAGAGACACAGAACCCUCCGAGGAGAGGUAAGGAGCAUGUGGUGACGUGCAGCAGCCUAAUUUCUGCGGCAAAGCCUUUUCCUGUGGGUGAUCAUCGUGUGUCCUGGACAGAACCACAAUUACUACCUAAGGAUAGCAGGUGGUCUGAAGGGGUGACAGGAGGGCGUUCUCCUCUGGUGCCCCAGGCAGCGGAGCACCUGUCCCUGUGACUGGUGGAGCUCAGGCCCCUCCCCUGACUGCGGACCCUCCCACCUCCUCCAGCAUCCCCUAGCUAAAGAGAGGAUCCUGGAGGGGAUGACGGGACAUGGGCCUUAGCUUUCUUCCCACCUUGACACGAUGUGAAGACUUUAUUUUAGUUUUAUUUCAGGAGUUCAUUUCGUUACUAUUUUUAAUGUUGUCAUUUUAUUUUUUU